AUGGCGUACCACCUGGGGUGCCCCUUCCCCAAUUUCACCGCCGCCGCGUCCAAUGUGGAGGGCCCCUUCGACCUGUACGAGUACAUGGGGGACAUGUGGUGCAUCCUCUUUAGUCACCCAAACGACUUCACCCCCGUGUGCACAACAGAGCUCGCAGAAUUCGGAAACAUGUACGAAGAGUUUCUAAAAUCAAACUGCAAAUUAGUUGGCUUCAGUUGCAACUCCAAGGAGUCACACGAAAAAUGGAUUACAGAUAUUAAGCAGUAUGGGAAGCUGACCCAGUGGAAGAUACCCAUUGUGUGUGACGAAUCUAGAGAGCUAGCCACAAGGUUAAAAAUUAUGGAUGAAAAGGAAAAAGACAUUAAAGGAUUGCCACUCACAUGCAGAUGCGUUUUUUUUAUUUCUCCGGAUAAAGUUGUAAAAGCAACGUUAUUAUAUCCUGCUACUACUGGACGGAAUGCCAACGAGAUUUUACGUGUCCUUAAAUCGUUGCAGUUGACGAGUGAACAGCCCGUGGCAACCCCCGUGAACUGGAAAGUGGGCGACAAGUGCUGCGUCCUACCCACCGUGGGGGAUGCAGAUUUGCCUGCUCUCUUCCCCAAGGGGGUGCAGAAGGUACAACUGCCGUCGGAGAAGCCCUACCUGAGGUUUACGUCCCUUUGA